AUGAAGAAUACGUUAGCCCUAUUCACGAUGUCCGUUGUGACAUUACAUUCCUUUGAGCCUUGCGCUGGAUUGCUGAAAGUGAUUCUGGAGUUUGAUCGCUGGGAAAUGGUCAACGGAACCAGCGUGUUUAGCAUGGAUGCGAUCAGAGUGCGUAAGUUCAACCGUACCAUGUCCGUACUGAACGGAACUGCACAGCUUCUGAUUGAUCUUGACAAUACGUAUGAGUACGGCUUCACUUUCGCUCGCAGCGCAUUAGGAAACAACCAGUACAAUGCGUACCCCAUGAAGCUUGCAUCCCGUCCGUUGUGCGAGUUUAUUCGAACGUACUACAGAGAGUACCAACAUAUGUUUCGACACUUCACCAACUUGCCGUUUGUGCCAGAAGAAGGCUUGUGUCCGUUUCCUAAAGGCAGCUACUGGGUAAAGGACGCAUUCGUUGAUUCAUCCGUUAUUCCAAUCGUCGUCCCAGAAGGAUUUUGGAAGGCUACACCCGAGCUACGAUUGAUUGAAACAGGAGAACUAAUAGCCACCGGGUCGUUUUACAUGAAGCUGACAAAGGAAUAUGUAUAA